AUUGACUAUUCACUUGACUAUUCACUUGACUAUUCACUUGACUAUUCACUUGACUAUUCACUUGACUAUUCACUUGACUAUUCACUUGACUCUCGCGCCCACCACACCGCUGGCUCUUUCGCUUCUGCUUCUGACUCGCGUGAUCCUGGCAGCGGUCCUGUCAUCUCCAGCAAUACCCAUGCGUCUUUCGUGGGACCCUUCGUUUCUGGUCUUGCUUGCUUUUGUGCCAUUAUGCAAUGUCCUCCUAUACUCGAUGCGACUUUUGAACUUAUCGGAGUGCCAAUCCAAAUUUUGUCACUUUCAUGGAUCUGGUUUCCUAUUUCUUCUCUCUCUCUUUCACUCGCUCACUCACUCUCACAUACAUUUCUUCUUGCGCGCUCUUGCCGUUCGUCAUGAUCGUCUCGACUCAUUCCGAAAUCAGCGGCGUCGUCUUGCAGGGAAGGACCGCACCCCUUUCGCCUCCUUCCCCUCCUCUGCUCUCCAGCCCAUUUUGUAGUUCUGUGCGCCUUAGCUUAGUUCUUUGCUUGCUCUGUCAACAGACAAUAUGGUUUUCCAAUUCCCCUUUGCCCUUACUCUUUCCCUUGGGCGCUGUUGAUAUCCUCGUAUUUUUCACAUGUAUCUAUUUAUUCGCCAAGUUCUAUUGCUCCAUGAAUCGGCUGACUGCCCUGUCUCUCUCCCCCGGCCUUCCCGUCCCGUUAGCCCUCCGGUGUGGUGCUGGGUCACCAGCAUUCACAUGUCAAAGCCCCAGCCCACAUGCCCAAGUCGGCCUCAUGAUCAAGCUGGCUGUCCCGCCAGGCGCUGGCAUGACCUCACGGUCCUUCGUGCCAUUCGAUCCUCCCAGUAUCAUGUGGCAUCUGUUUGGAUGGAUGGGUCCACACGCCGUGGAUCCACUCGCCUUGGCCAUUCGGUCCGCCCAGAUCCUCAGCUACUGCGCCCUGACUGACGAGGUCUUCGUGUGUCGCCACCGUCGCCGACGAUGAUGAGCCCCCCCCCCUGCCGCCGCCCUCGGCGUUU